AUGUCCAUUCCGGCUCGUUCUUUUCCAGAUAAGAAGCGAAAAGUUGCCAGAAGAGCAUGUCUGGCAUGUCGAGCCAAAAAAAUAAAGUGCGACGGGGAAUGUUCGAACCCGGCAUCGAACAUUGGAUCAAGCGUUAAGGAAAUCGAGGUGUGCACUAACUGCGCUAUCGCGGGUAUAAAGUGUGUUUUCGUUGAAAGUCAGCGAGGUGGCCGCCGACUUCCUCGAAAAGCGCUGGUGACAAGUGAGUUGCAGAACCCUCCAUCCAAUGCCGAACUGUUACCUCCGGUUUCUUCUUAUCAGCCGCCUCCGCUGUCUGGAUACGACCCCCGUCUCAUUAUUUCCCACCAACCCACUCAUCUCAGCACGCUUCAACUUCAUCCUCAGUUUCGCCUUCCGUCGCGCUUUCUUCCUGACCCUAUGAACAUGGCAUCUCAAGCUAGCAUGCUGCCAUCUCAUGCACACUUGUCGUUCCCAUCGCCUUCAACUCAGGUAUUGUCGCCGCUUCCAUCCUUCCGUGCUAAUCUAGACGUUCCUCAAUCAGACCAAAGGCUAGACUCGAACGACUCUUCAAACUUGGGUAGGCUGCCCGCAAAGCAACAACUUACACAUCACUUAUCCAAGGACGUGGGCGUUGAAGUCCAAAGUACCCAUCUGGAACCUCGUGGCAUUACCUCUAAAAACGAUUUUUGCACCACACGCUCGUCGGCAAACACCAAUACAUCGCCUCAGAAAGUUCCAAAUGUGAAUUUCGACAACGGUAAGCUCUCUUUAGAGAGUAUCCUCGCACCUACAGCGUCACCACAGCGUCAAACUUCUCCCCAAAUAGUUGAAAUGACCAGAACCAACCCGCCUUGCGGAAACCAAGAUGCACUCAGUGCACCUCGAUAUACAAAUGAAUCAUUGAAAAAAUACGGCUUUCCAUCAUGGAAUGAGUGCACACAAAUGAUUGAACUAUUUUAUGAAGUUGUUCAUCCCCAGCUUCCGAUACUUCCGCCCAAAAACCAGUUUCUCUGUAACUUCCACCCCAGCAACAAUACUUCUUUAUCUCACGCACUCUUUUCAUGCGUUUCGCCAUAUGUGCAUGAGGAUGUAUCUGCAAGGAAAAGUGGACAUCAUGAGAAAAUAACAUACUACUGGCACGAUCUGGACCUUCUGGCUUCGCUUCAGACGCUGUUGCUGCUAGCCUUCUUCAACAUCAAGUUCACCAAUAACCGGAAUAUUGCCGAAGAGCACAUCACCAAAGCCGUCAAAAUAGCUUACUACUCGUAUAGUGGCAACGGGUUUGCCAACGGAAACCUGGAGAAGUUGCUAAAAGUAGCUCCCAUCAAAGUCGGAAGAAACAAUGAAAUGCUGAUGACAACUACAUGGAGGCUUUAUCUGCUGGCACAACUUGGACGACUUUAUUUCGAUGACAUGAAAUUCUGUUCUAACAUGACAUGGUCUGAUGCAGAGGACCCGGCACUGAGCAAGCUUCUUCGACUUGACUCUCUUCCUUUCCCCCCAUAUGACUUCACAGAAAACAAAAACUGUACUCAGGCCAACGCCUUCCCUUUCAAGCCAACUGACCUGAAGACUGAUGAGAAUCCUUGGGUUUACCUCAAUGCUGCGAUUGAUAUGGGCGAACAAUUAUCUUCAAACACCAAUAUCGAUGCAUCUAGUACAGGAGUAUCAAAGCUUGAGACUGGAGUAAAUUCAAUGCUGGUUAGAUAUAAUGGAGACAAAAUCUUUGUGAAUUCCACGGCUUUGGAGGCCAAACUCGUCUUGUUGACUUUACAUGUUAAGCGAAUAACAGCCAACUGGCCAGUAAUUUCACUAUGGUGCGUGAAAGAUUUAGACACUGUCGCAAUUUGGGGUGACUAUUUCACUGAGUCUCAAAAAUUGUUGGACGAGAACAUUUUAAACAGCUCUGAGUUUACUUUUUCAGAUCUUCUCGACAUCUUUGUUGUGAUUCAAGACUGCGUGGUUUUGUUGAAACUAGGGAAACAUGCUUCAAUGACUGAGCCUAUCGGCCCUUGUUCUAAAUCGGCGGGGGUAAUGUUCCAGCAUGACUAUGCGUCUGACCAAUGCCUUUAUUCUUCUUACCCUCAGACGAGAGCCAGUUCAGAGCAGCUUCCCGGUCAGCAAAACAGCGUAAACUGUGAGCGACAAAUCUGGGAAAGCUCUUCAAGACCCAGUGUUGCGUCUAUAAAAGCCAAAAGCAUUUGGCGACAGUAUCCUCCCCUUUUGAGAAAAAUUGUGCGACAAAGCAUUCCAUUUCAGGUCUUAUUACUAUCCUUCAGUAAGUCUUCCUCGGUUUCAAUCCACUCUCGACGACCGUCAGUGUCAUAUUCCAAAAAAAAGUUGCCACUGUUCCCCGACUGUUUUUCAGAAACGGGCUCUUUCCGGAACAAGAACAUAGAUUCCUUUGGUUUUGGUGUCAAAGCCGGUGAAUUCUACGGCAAGGAAAAUGUCCGUUCUUUGCUUUGCUGCUUAUGCGAUUUUUCUCAGAUGAAAACUGGACUCAUACUGAGCUUGGAAUACCUUCAGUAUGAUGCAGCUUUGCUCGAAGAAAAUAGUACAACAUACUCCAAGAUCGAGAGCAUGAUUUCUUGGGCUAAGACACUAGUUUCCACACCUUGA